CGGCCGCCAUUGUUCCGCCGGGGGAGGACAGCGGGGCCUGGCGCUGGCGCCCAGACGCCGCUUAGCGGCCGCCACUGGAGACACUCCCUCUCCUGUCCCCCCUGUCCUCCUGGCGGCGGCGGCGGUGUGUGGCUGUUUGGGAGGGGGGGGACCUGGAAGCCCCCUCUGCCCUCCCCGCAGCGGCCGAUCCCCGGCUCCGGCGCGAGGGCGGCCGCGAUGCGUUCGGCCUGAGGCGGCCGGACCCUCGGCGCCUCCCUUUGCCUCUUCCUCGGUGUGACUGCGCCCCAGCGUCAUCCUGCGAGUCCCUGUGACGGAGGGAAGAUGGCUGCACAGAGCUGGCAGGACGAGCUGGCCCAGCAGGCCGAAGAGGGUUCGGCGCGGCUGCGAGAAAUGCUGUCGGUCGGCCUCGGCUUCCUGCGCACCGAGCUGGGCCUGGACCUGGGGCUGGAGCCGAAGCGGUAUCCGGGCUGGGUGAUCCUGGUGGGCACCGGUGCGCUCGGGCUGCUGCUGCUCUUCCUGCUGGUCUACGGCUGGGCCGCGGCUUGCGCCGGCGCCCGCAAGAAGCGGAGGAGCCCUCCCCGCAAGCGGGAGGAGGCGGCGGCCGUGCCGGCCUCGGACGACCCAGCGCAGCUGAAGAACCUCCGCAACGAGGAGCAGAGGAAGAGGAGCCGGAAGAAGCUUCCUGAAAAGCCCAAACCUAAUGGACGGACUAUGGAGGUGGCUGAGGAUGAAGUUGCUCGAACCCCUCCAAGCAUGACGGCAAAGCAGCCACCAGAGACAGACAAGAAAAAUGAAAAGUCAAAGAAAAAUAAGAAGAAGUCAAAGUCAGAUGCUAAAGCAGUGCAAAACAGCUCACGCCAUGAUGGAAAGGAAGUCGAUGAAGGAGCCUGGGAAACUAAAAUUAGUCACAGAGAGAAACGACAACAGCGUAAACGUGAUAAGGUGCUGACUGAUUCUGGUUCAUUGGAUUCAACUAUCCCUGGGAUAGAAAAUACCACCACAGUUACCACCGAGCAACUUACAACUGCUUCAUUUCCUGUUGGUUCCAAGAAGAACAAAGGUGAUUCUCAUCUAAAUGUUCAAGUUAGCAACUUUAAGUCUGGAAAAGGAGAUUCCACUCUUCAGGUUUCUUCAGGAUUGAAUGAAAACCUUACUGUCAAUGGUGGAGGCUGGAAUGAAAAGCCUGUAAAACUCUCCUCACAGAUCAGUGCAAGUGAGGAGAAAUGGAACUCUGUUUCACCUGCUUCUGCAGGCAAAAGGAAAACAGAGCCAUCUGCUUGGACUCAAGACUCUGGUGACACUAAUGCAAAUGGAAAAGACUGGGGAAGGAGUUGGAGUGACCGUUCAAUAUUUUCUGGCAUCGGGUCUACUGCUGAGCCAGUUUCUCAGUCUACCACUUCUGAUUAUCAGUGGGAUGUUAGCCGUAAUCAACCCUAUAUCGAUGAUGAAUGGUCUGGGUUAAAUGGUCUGUCUUCAGCUGAUCCCAGCUCAGAUUGGAAUGCACCAGCAGAAGAGUGGGGAAAUUGGGUAGAUGAAGAAAGAGCAUCACUUCUAAAAUCCCAGGAACCAAUUCCUAAUGAUAAAAAGGUUUCAGAUGAUGAUAAAGAAAAGGGAGAGGGAGCUCUUCCAACUGGGAAAUCUAAAAAGAAAAAAAAGAAAAAGAAGAAGCAAGGUGAAGAUAACUCUGUUGCACAGGACACAGAAGAAUUAGAAAAAGAGAUUCAAGAGGAGCUUCCAGUGAAUACCUCGAAAGCCCGUCCAAAACAGGAAAAAUCUUUUCCCUCGAAGACCAUUAGCACUAGUGAUCCAGCUGAAGUACUUGUCAAAAAUAGCCAGCCUGUCAAGACUCUUCCACCUGCUGUUUCUACCGAGCCAUCUGUUAUGUUAAAAAGUGAUUCUGACAAGAGCUCUUCCCAAGUGCCACCGAUGCUUCAAGAGACAGAUAAAUCCAAGUCAAAUACCAAGCAAAAUAGUGUGCCUCCUUCACAGACCAAGUCUGAAACUAACUGGGAAUCUCCCAAACAAAUAAAAAAGAAGAAAAAAGCCAGACGGGAAACGUGAAUAUUUUUAUUUCCUGAAUUGGACAUGUGUUUGCAAACACUGUCUUGAAGAUUAUGCUGUUUAUGCAAUAAUUUGUGAACAUGUACAGAGUUUUAUAUAAAUUUAAACCGAUUUUUAAAACAAAACUGUGAACACAACUACCAUAAAAAUGGAAUCAAAGGAAAGUUAAUUUAUGAAAUUAAGAGGUCAGCAGAAUAUACUACAGUGCUGGAAGACACGUGGGAAAUGUUUUUCAAUUGAGUGAGAAUGAUCUUAAUUUAAGAAUAUUAUCCUGGUUUUACAACAGUGCCCUGUUUACAACAGAUUGUGCCCUAUCUCAUCUGCAGCUGAGGAAUAACGGAUUCUGAUUAGAGAGAGGGUGCCUCUAAAUUAGUAGGCAACUCCUUGGAUCUUAUGCACGAACUUGUACCAUUUGAAUCUGUUUUAUGCUUAAAUCAAAGUGCUUUGAUCAAAUGCAUAAUCUGCCAUAUCUUUACAGAUUUGUUGGUAGCAAUUUGUAUUAAGGAAUCACAAGUGCAAAUAAAAAGUCACUUAUUUGUUUAACUAAACUGUCAUGGUUUAGUUUACAAUUUUUAAGACAUUCUUAAUUAAAACAUUGAAAAUGCAAUUGACACUUAUAUGGCUUAUGAAGUUAUUUUUGAUAGUCUUACAUUACUUGAAUUGUUCAAAGUACAGUAUAUUUUAAAUUAAGAAAGGUAAACUAUAUGUAUUUGUUUUAUACACUUAAAGCUCAGACUAACAAGUAAUGCUCUUGUUUAUGAUUUGAAAAUUUUCAGGCAAAAUCCAACUUAAUAUUUUCCCUUUCCCUAGCAGUUAUUUUCCAGUGUCAACUCUUAGUUGCUAAUAAUUCUUUGGCAUAAAAAUGAAAUCAUUCACAAACUUUUCAGUAUGGUGAAGAAUGAAAAACUAGAGUCAGACAGCUUUAAUUGACAUUGUCAAGACCUCCAGUUAUCAGGAAUACAUUUUUUUACUGCCUUAACCUGUAGUGCGUAGAAUAUGCAUCAAUUUCUUGAAGGGGAUUCAUGUUUUUAUAAGAAUUUUCAUGUAAUUAUUGCAAUUGUGGUCAAAUAAGGAACGUUUUCUGCUUGAAACUAUUGAUUUAAAUGAUGUGUGAAAUGUUUCACCAUUUUCAGGCACUGUGUAAUUCUAUUGUAAUAAACUGGCAGGUAUCUUUGUAACUAUAAAUAGUGCAUGCUCAGCCAUGUACACUGUAAAUAGCCUUUACCAAAUGUGUUUGACAAGGACCAUAAUUAACAUCACUUAGUGAAUUGUGAUAAAGAAAAAAGCCAUGAUUUAUUUGAUGUGAUUGGCUUAAUCGUUUUUAUGUGGCGCCAAGAAUGAACCUGUUUAACAGCUGUAACCAAUGGUACUGAUCUAUCCAUCCAAUGUUGUCUUUAUUACAUUUGAUUGUGGUUUAAUAGUAUUCUAUUGUCAGACUAGGAAAGCUAAAGGAACAAAAUGGUUUUACUUUUGCUGAAGUCUGGCCUUAUUAACAGACAGCUUUCCUCACAAAUGAUUAUUAAUUUUAUCAGGUGUUAACAUCUGUUUCAGGAACAUGGCAGUAUGUUUACAUGUCAGAAGUUUUGUUUAAUUCUAUGGUAUUUCUAAAUUGAUUUGUUUAAAUAAAUUCAGCAAA